AUGAGCACAAAAAACCUUGCUAAAAAGUUACUUCUUUUGGUAAAGCAAUGGGUUGCAUUAAAUAUCGUUCUACCAAACGAUGAAAAAAAUUUAAAUUCAAAAACAAAUAGGAAAAGACCAAGUCAAUCAAAAUUAACAAGCAGUAAAAUCGAAAAAGAUAAAUUGGUUAUAUUAUAAGGUUUUAAUGAAAAUAAAAUCCUAGGAACUCCAAUAAUAUUUAAAUAUAUUAUGAUAAGGAAAGAAAAUUAUAGCUUGUUCAUAAAUAUACCUACGAUAGGUCAUAGAGAUUACACUUAUUUUAUGAAAUAUCAUGCUAAAAAUAAAAGUGGAAGUAGGAAAUUUUCAGGAAGAGAAACAGCAAUAAAGGUGGUAGUAGGAACAUGUAUUCAGCAAUGGUUAAAAAAAUUUUAUAAUUUCAUAAUUAUAUGUUAUGUACAUUCUUCUGGAUAUAUAAAACUACCUGACUAUGUAAGGCAAGAAUUUAAGAAAAAUAUUCUAAGAUAUUUGAUAGACACCUAUGGAUGUGUUAAAUACAAUGAAAAAAAAAAAAAAAAAAAAAAAAAAAACUGUAAAAAUGAAGAACAAAGAAAUUAUAAUAAAAGAGAAUAUGAUAAUAUUGUUUUAAAUGAUAAUGAAAAUAUGAAUAUGGAGCAUUCAAAUAUGUGUAAAAAUAUAUAUAAAGAAAAUAUUUUAAUUAUGGAAAAAAAUAAUUGUGGUAGUAUUUUGACUGAUAUUACAACAAGAAACAAUACAGUAUUUAGAUCGGCAUUCAAACCCGUCUCUUCAAUUCGAGUAGAAAAAGAAACAUAUAAUUUCAAGGGGAAUUUUUGUAAAUUAAGUGUAAAAGGAAUGCACGACUGUUUUAUUUUACUAAGAUUAUCACCAAUAAUUGAAUUAUUAUUAUCCAUUGUUAUUGAUGAUAUAAUUUUACGGCAAAUAGCAAAAUAUGGAGAUAAAUACUUGUUAUCACUAGCUAUGUGUAAAUAA